AUGGCAUGUUGGAGAAAUUUUGACGAUUUGGAUGACCAAGUCCACUACUGGAACACUAAUAUUACUGAUGAGAAUCUUCCCUUAAAGAAAAUGAGGGUGAGAGCAAAGGAUGUGCCAUAUAUGACAACAAAUUGGAAGAACGCUAUUAGAGCUAAGAGAAAGGCAUUAGCAAAUUAGUACAUGUACAAGGACAAAUCAGACUCCAACUGGGAUAAGCUACGUAAAUGCCACAAUGAAGCCAAGAGACAGAGGCAAAGAGCAAUCAAGUCAUGUUGGAGGGAUAAAUCAAAUCAUCUUAAGGAGAACCCAGCAGAUUUCUAUAGAACUUUUAUGCCAUUUUUAAGCUCGAAGGCAUCCAAAAAAAGCUCCCAAUUAAAUCUUAAAGUUGGUGAAGAAAUUGCCAGGAAUCAAGAUGAGGUAGCAGAAACCCUGGCCGGCUAUUUUGUAACAAUUGCAGAUGAUAUUGUUAGGGAGAAUGUU